ACUCCUACUUUCAGCCAACUUCAGUUUCUUUCUUGGUGCCAUGACAUCAUCUUCACUCUGGAAAUUCCACAAGUCUUCCUGUGCCCCCAUCUCUGUCCAAGGCCUCAGAGUCCCUAUAAAGAAGGGAUCCCAAGUCAGAUCACCACAAAACACAGUCAGUUCUGACGCUUCUGAGGUCUGCCCUCUCAGCUCUGUACAAACCUCACCACCAAGACCAUGAAGCUCUACGUGACUGUCCUCUCCCUCCUCGUGCUCGGAGCCACCUUCUGCACACAAGUGCUCUCAGCACCAAUGGGCUCAGACCCUCCCACUUCCUGCUGCUUCUCCUACACCUCAAGGCCGCUUCCUAGAAACUUUGUGAUUGAUUACUAUGAGACCAGCAGCCGUUGCUCCCAGCCAGCUGUGGUAUUCCAAACCAAAAGAGGCAGACAGGUGUGUGCGGACCCCAAUGAGUCCUGGGUCAAAGAGUAUGUGAGCGACUUGGAGCUGAACUGAACUUCCCCAGGCUCAGGGGGAGCAAGCUCUUCAGGGAAGGUCACUUGAGCCCUGACACUUCCCCUCUAGACGACGCUGUUCUCUACACUCACAAUUCUGUUCAGGAAUUUCUGUCCCUUCCCUUAACUUAAAUCUUUAUUAUAUACUUUGUUAUUGUAUUUGGUAUAUUUCUAUUAUUUAUAUUUGGUCAAAGGAUGCCUGUCUCCCAUGGGGACGAUCCACUGUCACUGCUUCUCUGCUAUUGUAGAUAUG